GGUUUGUAAUCUUAUUUUUCCUCAUUUUGUUCAGUGUUUUUCUGAGUGUUGAGCUUUCAUUUGUGCCUCAGAUCAUUCUUCUCCUUCAUUUUCUCAUGAUGACUCUUUCUUCCCAUGCCUGUUCCUUCCUUCUGUUGUGUUCCCACAUCCCUGGCUGUCUGCUCCUCUCGUGAAUUCUGCUUUAUCACUUAAUUUCUCUUGUCUGUGCCCCAAUCCUGGCCUUCUGUGGUCUCCCUCUUCUCCAGUGCACACCUUGCCAUCCCCUCACCACCCUUGCCCCCACCCAGUGAAACCACAGCAGUGAUGCUCCUCUCCUGCCUUUCCCCUUUCUUCCCUCCAUCUCUUUUUUUUUUUUUUUCCCUCCUUUUUCUUCCACUUUUUUCUCAAGUUUGUGUAGGAUUGCUUCCCUUCCCAGACUGCCACUUUAAGCUAAGCUCAGAGGGUAUGUGCCCAUCUCAACUCCAUCUAAGCUGUGGGGUUUCUCAGGAUCACCCCAUUGUAUGGACAGCCGCAGACCUGGGGAUUGAUACUGCACAGAGUAGAGGAGGCACUGGCUAAUCAUUCCUGCUCAAGCAGCUUUAAAAAGCAUGAUUUUUAAUCCUCAUUUCCCAGUGCAAGUAGAGUUAGGUGAGACUGUUUUCCAGUUUUAGAAAAAAAUGAGACUUUGUUGCCCUACAGAGGGGGAACAAGGGUUUAUUAAAUGGUGGCAGCUGGGCAAAAUACUCACAUUUAGCUAUUUUAUGUUUUUGCAGCUAAGUUACAUAAGUGACAGGUGACAGCUCUGCUUGUCUCCUUGGGAGCUGGUAAGUGCAGAGGAGAAACUGUGUGAGGCUGCAGGUGGGGGAGAGGCAAGGUGGCUGCCCAGAUACCCCUGGUCAGUCCUUCAGCAGUAUUUUCUGAGCCAUAUUUGCUGGAUUUCUCCGCUGGCGCAGGGUUAUCCGUGAGCAAGCGGCUUCCUGGCAGGAUUCUGGGAACAACACCAAAACCCAUGACAGGCAGUGAGCAGGCUCUGUGCUCUGAGUCAGAAGUAGGCUGAGAAGAUGCGGUUCUCAAAGCACCCACCCAAGCUGGCGAAGGGGAUCUGUGCAAGAAGGAUAUUUCCAGCCUGAUGUUCGGAGCUUGGGGGGACAUUCUCCUGCAAGCCUGCUCGGCUGACUGGAUUAACUGGCUCCCGUUCAGACAGAACUUGGCAGAUCUGUUUUGCUUUUGUUGAACUUCUCUACUGCACAUCAUAAAGAUUUCCUAGAUCCAGAGGCUGCACAAAAGACACCUGAGCAGCACAAAAAUGUGACUCUGACAAGAGACUCCAGGCUUUCUGACAAGGAAUUUUCUGCUGAUCAGUUUAUAAUUUAAAUGUAUAGACAAAGAAUGCGUAGUAGUUAACUUGAAAAAAUAAGCCUUUCUCAUUAAUUAGGACUGCCAAAAAGGCAGUCACCUGAAGCUUCAAAAUGAGUGCUCCCUUAAUCCCAAACAAAUCAUGUUAUGCCCAGCUUCAGGACAACUGCAGCGAAAUAAAAAAUAAUAAUGAAAGCAUAGUGAGUGUGGGGGAUACCAAUGCCAACCAAAUUGUGGCAGAAGUUGGAAUCACUGAAGGGGAUGUUAAGAAACCUGAUUUGACAGAUGAGAGUGGGAAUAUACACCCUGGAGGAUCAGAGAAAGUUACUCAUCUGAGUAAACUUCUGACCUUCAAAGACUCGCGGACCUGUCACAGCCGUGUACAGGAAAGUAAGCUGCCCUCCACCACAAGCAGGGAAAUGGGGAAAGAUUGUAGGACCAGUGAAACUAAGGAUAUAUCGAGGCAUAUCAGGAUUAGCCGAGGACAAAGUCUGUCCAAUUUAAAAAGUAGCACAAAUGAUGCCAACCUGGAAGUUAUUUCCAAAGGUGAUGUUGACUUCACGCAGAACUUUUCUAAGGGUAAAAUGUCCAGGAAUGUGGAGAUGGAGAAAAUAAAAAGGCUUUCUUUGGGAAGACCAAGUAAAUUCUCUCCUCAGUCUGAGUCAUUCGCAAAAGACUGCGUUGGCCGUGUGUCCUGUAAACGUCUGCUUUCUGCAUCAUUGGACUCCAUUGACAGGUCACACCAUUUGAUAGGAAAUGCAGAGAAAUCACAAAAAACAUCCACAGAUCAUUUUAUUGGAAUGGUAUUUCAUCCACUUGACGAUACCUCAGAGGAAAAUAUUGUAUUUUAUUCCAAACCAGCUACCUCAGGGAACAAGAAAGUAAAUAAACUAGAAAACGUACCAAAUGUUAUCAUUGAAAGCACACUACAUACUUCUAAUUCUCAACAGUCAGCUGUUAAGCCCAGUGAGAUUCCUAGUAAGUCAGAAGCACAAUUAGGUCAGGGUGAUAAAAGCAGAAAACUGGAGCUUAAGACUGCACUAUCUGUACAAUCUAAAAAUACGUGUCAACAGAAGAUUGAGAGAAUUAUGCUGGUAGAGUUGCUGGGAUGUCAAGAAGAUGAAAAUACAGCAAUGCAGGAGCAGAAAGGCUCUGGGUCUGACACAUCAAAAUCUCAAGCAUCUCAUUUUCAAGACAUCUGUAAUAAAGUAGAGGAUCCAUUGUCAAGCCAGGUGGUAACCUAUCCUGAUGACAAAUUGCUAAGUGAUAAUGUCACCAUCAGUGAGGAAGGGAGGGGAAGCAAUGACAGUAACAACCGGGCAGCUAGUCAGGUUGAUGAGGAAUAUUUUCCUGACAAAGAAGUGGAAACAAUAUUCCCACUCAUCUGCAGUAGUAAAUCCAGUGGCAAAGUGACACCUAGAAAAAAUGAAAAUUUACAUGAGGUUGACACAGGUUGUGCUGAAGCAGUUGGUGAACAGAAAUCUCUUAUACAUAACAUUAAUCUACCUGACAGCAAACCUUUGAAAGUUAAUGAGAAUAAACUGAUGCUAGUCAAAGGAAGUACUGAGGAUGCUACUGUACCUGCUUCUGAUCUUUUGAAUCAACACGGAGCGUGCAGUGCAGAGACAGUGACAAACCAACCACCUGACAACCAUGACAGUGAUGUGGAAACCUCGAGCCUUUCAGCUCCUAGUAAAAAGACAGCUAAUGCACAGAAACUUCCUCCAGAUGAAGCACCAGAAAGCUGUAAGGUUUCGGCAAAAGCUGAUGCAUUUUUAUGUGUCCCAACCCCUGUGCGCCCGGUGGCAAUGCUGGAUGUUAAUAGUCAACCCUUGCUGUCAAACAAUAAUUUGAAGGACCUUUAUGCACUUCAUGUUGAAAAACUGUCACCCUCCUCAGUCCUACCUCCCAUUGACAGUACACAGUUGUUAAACAUAUCCCCUAAAGUGCCUAUCAAGACUGCCUGCAGCAGUGCCAUCCCAAAACCUAUCCUGGUCCACUCCAAGGGCUCCCUCACAGAUAAGGUGGAUGUGGACAGUGACUGCAGUGAAAAGCUGGAAGAAAACAUCGAGAUUAAACCUGCCAUACCCAGGCCCAAACCCGUGAGACCUAAAAUCAUCACAUACAUUAGAAGAAACCCUCGUUCAAUAGAGCAGCUCGACCCUUCGUUUACGCCAGCAGGGCUACCCUUCAGUACCCCUGCGUGUGGCAUGCCCAUCUCUACAGAACAGAAGACAUCCAACGGAGGGGAGGCGAAGCUCCCCAAUGUCCUCUACGACAAAUUUAAACCUGACCUUCAGAAGCCAAGGCUCUUCAGUUCUGGGCUGGUGGUGUCAGGAAUUAGGCCCCCGGGCCAUCACUUUGGUCCGAUGAGCGAGAAGUUUCUGCAGGAGGUGGGGGAAAGGCCUACAAAAGAUGAAUUUUGCCCUCCACCAUAUACUCAUUAUGAGGUCCCGCCAAGUUUUUAUCGAUCUGCCAUGAUACUGAAGCCACAGUUAGGACUGGGUGCAGUAUCGAGGUUACCAUCUGCGAAGAGCAGGAUUCUCAUUGCAAGUCAAAGAUCCUCAGGUAGCUGUCUCCAUCAGCAAGGAGAAAUAACGAGUGCUCCCAGCCUCUAUCAUCCUGAUGCUUCAGCUGAUCUUAAGAAAGGCUCAUGUCCAAGUGCUGCAAAGUCAAAUCUCCCCAAGCCCUGCCAGUCUGGACUUCGUCCUCCAGGUUAUUCACGGUUGCCAGCAGCUAAGCUGGCCUCAUUUGGUUUUGUCAGGAGCUCAAGCGUAUCCUCUGUCUCCAGCAACCAGUCAAACGACAGUGCUCAGAGUGAUCAAAGCAGGACAACCAACCGUUCAAGCUUUGGAAAUGAAGAGCAAACCACUCCUAAGGUAUCUGCACCUUCUAAAGAUGUCCCCAAGGGGAGCAGCAAGAGCACAACGCAGGUAUCGAGCAGCACAGCGACUCCACGCAGGAGCUUACUUCCAGCACCAAAAACUACCACAGCACCUGCUGGUCAGAAGAAAGAAGUACAAAAAGAUCAGGAUGCUAACAGACCAUCUGUCUCAUCCCCUAAGAGAUCAGCAGUAACAGCCACCAAGCUCCAUUCACCAGGACAUCCCAAGCAAAGGCCAAGCACCCCAAAGAAUGGAUUCUCCCCCAAACCAGGAGAGAGUAGAGAUGCUGAAAAACAGUUUGUUCAGAAACUGAAGGAAAAGUGUGAUGAGCAGUCCCGGCAAUUAAGCAGUAUUCAAGAUGAGCUUAAAAGGGCCAUCUGUGGCUUUGAUGUCUUUGCUAUAACAACACAGCACUUUUUCAGACAGAACGAAAAUGCCCUUGUGAAAAUAAAGGAGUUAGGAGUCGAGCUUGCAAAGAUCAGGGAUGAAGUUGCCCUCAAUACAGCGAGGUGGAAGAAACUCCAGAGCGAGAAGGAGGAGCUGGAGAGGCGCUUUGAGGAGGAGGCGAAGCAGCUGGGCAGGCAGCAGCAGGAGGAGCUGCGGGCGCUGGAGCAGCGGCUGCAGGAGGAGUACAGCAGCAAGAGGGAGAGCCUGCAGGAGCAGCACAGGCUGCAGCUGGAGCAAGUCAAACUGCAGCAUCAGGACCAGGUGGAAGAUAUCACAGCUAUACACGAAGCUGCAAUGUUACAGCUGGAAAAUAACCACAUAGUGGCCAUUACAGUACUGCGGGAUGAGAAUGACUGCAAGAUUCAAGAACUGAAUACUGCUCACAAGCUGGAAAAGGCACAAUUAGAAGAGAAUUUUGAAAAACUGCGGCUGUCACUCCAGGACCAGAUAGACACCCUCACCUUCCAGAACCAAUCUCUUAAGGCCAAAGCAGACCGAUUUGAAGAGGCACUGAAGAAAAACACUGAGGAACAACUGAAGAUUGUACGAGCUCCAUAUCUGCACUUAGAAAAAGACCUGAAGAGCUUAAAACAUGUUCUGGAAAUGAAGAAUCAUCAGAUUCACCAGCAAGAGAAGAUGAUUAUGGAGCUAGAAAAGCAGGCUGAAAAAAAUUUAAAACUGGAAGAAAAAAUCACCGUGCUGCAACAGCAGAAUGAAGAACUCAGAGCCAGGAUUGAGCAAAAUACUGUCAUAACAAGGCAAUUGUCAGAGGAAAAUGCUAAUCUUCAAGAGUAUGUUGAGAAAGAAGUGGAGGAGAAGAAGAAGCUGAGCAGGACUAAUGAAGAACUCCUCUGGAAGCUGCAGGAGGGAGAUGCCGUGAGCCCAGUGAAACUCCCACCCACAUCCUCCACUUCUUUUUAUCGCUGCUCAUCAGGGAACACUUCUCCAGCAAAAGUCAGAACCUUGCGGCGAUGAUUUGGUGCCUGCGUGCUGAAGGUCCCCUGCCUUUUAUGCAUUUCCAAUCUGCUAUAUGUUACCAUCCAAGGCAGUAUUACCAUCAACAGGCACCCAGGGCUCGUGGCUGCAAGCAUGCUCGGUAGCUGCAUAGCUUUAUACUAGGCAGGGCACUCUUAUAGUCCCCAUAAAGGAGCUCUUGGUUCUGACAUGUUGAUUAGGCUAGCAAAAAAGAUAGCAAAACCUAGGACAGCAGAAAGAUAGGAUAGCAAAACAUUUAGUUUGAUGUGCUGACAUUUUAACUAUGGUUAGAGCCAAAAGUUGGAAAAUACUAUAUUAAUGGUUCAUUAGAAUGAACUUUUGCUGCAGUAUUUCAGGUUAGUUACACAUACAGUUCAAGUUGUGAAUAUUUCUGUAUAUGUGUUUGUGUUUAUAUACAUGUACGUAUUGUACCUUUAUACUAUAUAUAGAUGCACACACAUAUAUAUGUAGUUGAAGAUGUUCUGAAUUGCAUUUUUUAUAUUAUUGGAUACUACUAAUUGCUGAUAUAUUUUCAUUACAGUCAGCAGUUUUCUAACUCGUGCCUAAGACUCGUAUCUAAACAAAACGCAUUUCUGUUUAGCCUCCCAGGAAUAUUUAUACCCAACCUAGAAGAAAGUUACACAGAAGUAGAAGCGCCUUCCAAAUGACCACCAAGUGGUACUCUAUGUAACGUGAACACCAGCGACUUUGAAAUUCUGAGACAGUACUGCCUUCGAAACCAUCACCUUUGCAUUGAACACCAGAUAGGAUACGCAUACCAUUCACUGCUUUUUAACUCUCAGCAUCGAUAUUGUAAGUGGAGGUAGGCUAGAGAUGAGAAACCCAAGGGUUUUACCAAAAUUGGUAGAGGUUACUGGUUAACAUGUUUCAAAUCUAGUGUCUUUAAAUCCUAAUUAGAUCUUAAUCUUGUUUUACCUUGUCCUGGUUUGGAUACAAUCAAAAUCUCUGGAUGUAGGUUCCUGUCAAUUUUGAUUUAUUUCAAGUCCCGUGAGCAAGAAGGAGAAAAUGAGUUGUUCAUCCUUGACUUUUGCUGGCCAAGAGGUUUCCAGUACUAGGAUGAGAUAUGGGGCACCCGCCGCGGCUCCAGCCUCCUCCCAUCUGAAACACCAAAUAGAGUACAGUGGACUACAUGCAUACAAAUGAGGUCAGAAUUUCUUUCCUUCCACACAUAUAUAUAUUAUUUCACACUGCUAAAGCUUACCCAAAGUUACAGAGCACUUUUAAGACUCAUGGAAAAGAGUGGGUAAACUACCUUUAACUUCUCUAUCUACAAGCAAAAAAAUGCACCCAGGCUUGUGGUGAUCGCUAUCCAAAGGGGUGGCGAGGCCGAGGAGCAGAAGGGGCUGCCGGGCCCUCAUGGGCACUGCUGACAAGAAAAGUCAUAUCCCCGAGUAUAAUUUUUAAAAGUAAAAUAGAUCUAUGGGAUGCUUUCCUAUCUAGCUGGAGGCAAAGACCUUGUGUACAUUCCUCCUCUGAGCACCGGGGUAUGGUGAUGUUACGUGCAGCAAACUCCCAGGGUGCAGGAGCGCUGCAGGGAGGGCAGCUCUCUACCCGGGUGUUUGGUGGCACCAGGACACCCUGCUUGGGCAGAGGUGGGAUUGCUGAGCCCUGACGUGCUGCUCAAAUGGGAGCCAUGCUUCAGCUUUCCUGGGAACUGCUCAGAAUUCACAGACUGCAGCUUAGAUACAGCAUCAAUCACCAUCAAAGCACCUGUGGCCUGUUCCACAACAGUUAAAGAAAAAAAAAGUUAUUUCUUUCUCCUUUUUAGAGACAUUUAUUUUUGUAGCAGCUUUGCAUGGUAAUGUGAUACUGAGUAAAUUGAGCAACUUGUUAGAAUAGAUCAUGCCACACCAACUGCUACUGUUGAAAUGCAUUACUAGAUUUUAGCCUGUCCAGCAAGUACAACCUGAAAGUAGGAUACAUGCAUACAAAGCUUCUCCUUGCCAAGUACAAUUUUAAUCACUUUCAUGCUUGCUAAAUGUGCCAAUAUCUGCAAUGCCUACUGCAUUGUCAUGUUGCAGUCUGCCCAUAUAAUUCUGAUACAACGAGGUCAUAGGGUGAUAGAAUAGUUUGGGUUGGAAGGGACCUUCAAAGGUCACCUAGUCCAAACACCACUGUCAUGGGCAGGGUCAUCUUUCAAUAGAUCAAAGCUCCAUCCAACCUGACCUUGAACACUCCCAGGGAUGGGGCACCCACAGCUUCUCUGGGCAGCCUGUUCCAGUGCCUCACCACCCUCAUGGUGAAGAAUUUCUUCCUUAUAUCUAAUCUAAAUCUACCGUCUUUCAGUUUAAAGCCAUUACCCCUAGUCCUAUCACUAAAUGCCCUUGUAAAAAUCCCCUCUCCAGCUUUCUUAUAGACCCCUUUUAAUACUGAAAAGACACAAUAAGGUCUACCUGGAGCCUUGUCCAGGAUGAACAACCCCAACUCAGCCUCUCUCCAUAGGAGAGGUGUUCCAGCCCUUUGACCAUUUUUGUGUCCCUUCUCUGGAUCCACUCUGACAGGUCCAUGUCUUCCUUGCACUGGGGGCCGCAGAGCUGGACACAGUACUGCAGUUGGGGUCUCACCAGUGCACAGCAGAGGGGCAGAAUCACCUCCCUUGACCUGCUGGCCACGCUCCUUUUGAUGCAGCUCAGGAUACAAUUUGCUUUCUGGGCUGCAAGUGCACAUUGCCGGCUCAUGUCCAGUUUCAUCCACCAGUACCCCCAAGUCCUUCUCGGCAGGGCUGCUUUCAACCCCUUCAUCUCCCAGCCUGUAUUGAUACCAGGGGUUGCCUCAGACGAUGUGCAGGACCUUGCACUUGGCCUUGUUGAACCUCAUGAGGUUUGCAUGGGGCCACUUCUCAAGCUUGUCCAAGUCCCUCUGGAUGGCAUCCUAUAACUCAUGCUUGUUGACUGCACCGUUUGGUUUGGUUUGGUUUGGUGUCACCCACAAACUUGCCGAGGGUGCACUCAAUCCCACUAUGUCAUUGCUGAAGAUACUGAACUGCACUGGUCCCAAAACAGACCACUGAAAGAUACCACUUGCUGCUAAUCUCUUUUUGGACAUUGAGCCCUUGACUGCAACUCUUUGGAUGUGGCGACCCAUUAAACCCAUUUCUCUCCAAUUUAGUGACAAGGAUGUGGUGUGGGACUGUAUCAAAGGCCUUACAGAAGUCCAGGUACAUGGUAUCAGUUGCUCAUCCCUUAUCCACCAACAAUCAUACACCAACAAUCAACAUCAUAGGCCACCGGAUUAGUCAGGCUGACUUGGUGGUUUCUAGGGUCCUCCUUUAUACCUUUUUAAAAAUGGAUCAUAUGAUACAACCAGAGUUGUUACUGUCACACUGAUCUAAACUUUUCCAUGCUAAACACACUAGAGCCUGUUACUGGCCUGGGAUGAGGUGGCUGAGCCUGUCCUUUUUUAAUUUAUUUGUUCUUUCCCUCUAUUAUUGGUACUUUCCUUAUCACUUUGUUGGUGUAAACUCAUAUACAAGAGAUGCUUCCAGCAGUGAAUUGGGAGUGGGGCUUUUACGGUGGGAAAACUGGGACCAAUCCCAGCUCCACCAUUAUUUGGUAUCAUUGCCAAUCCUUUCUCGUCUAAUUUUUGCCUCCCAAUCCUGCCUUUCACAGGAUUCUUCCUUGGCAUGGCCCCUGGGGUCUGCCCAAUCGCUAGCGAAUCUGCAGGAAGUUUUGCCUGACCAGAAGGGACCCAGCAACCCAUCCCUGUGGGGAUGUGAAGGGUGGUUCCUUCUGGUGCAAGCCCAGAAACACAGACUUUUUCCCCCAAAAAAAGGUCAUUCCUUUUUCCUGCUCUUCCUCUGUCCUAUCCCUCCUUGUCUCUGCGUGUUGGAGCAGGUGUGAAGGGGGAUGGAGACCUGAGUGCAUGGCCAAGCCGGUGACCCUGGUUCUCACCAGGCAGCUGCGAUGGUGCAUGGUGAGCUUGGCAUUCACAGCGUUGUGGGGGCCACAUCUCUAGUCCCUGCUCCCUGGCCAUCCCUGCUCAAAGAUGAGCAACGGGAAGCUUUUGCUUUUGUGGGGCUGUAGACUUCCCAAGCGCCAUGGCCACUGCUGGGGCUUUCCUGUUUUGCUGGGUAGGGUGCCCUUUCCCAGCAGAGGGAAUGCAGCCAGCACUGAGCUGGGUUUUAUUGCCCUGGUGUCUUUGAAAAGGAGAUGUUCGAUUUGGUUAAUCUUUAUUCAAGGCAGAAGCUGCAGCGGCAAUAAAACCAGCCUACAGUUGCUCUGAAGGGGGUCCCACUGGGAGUGGGUAACAGCCCAGGGACAGCAGGAGAGUCAGCAGCGAGCAGGGGCACAGAGAGCUGCUGGAAAACUCCGUUUUUCUGCAGGAAAGCUCCAUUCAGCCCCCUUGGGACGGCACCUCCCGCAGCUGGUGGCACAGAGAGGUUAUCUUGGCAGAUGCACAACCGCGAAGACUUUUGGUGGUGGUGGUGGGCAGCGGGGGCAGGGGGAAGGAAAAACUGUCAAGUGCAAAAUCAGGUAUUUUACGUCUCUGCACUGAUGGUGGUUGUGUCCCAUGGACACGCUGAGGAGCCUCUGUACAGUUUCCCACACAGCAGGAGUUCUGUAGUCCCAUUUACUAUGUGGCUAAUGAUUACAGGAAGAGUUUGUAUUAUUUCAGUUAUGAUGUACAGAUAAGUGUAAUAUAUUCCUGAUAAUAAAUACAUGUGCCAGCACACACAUGGGCCAAUGCAUACAAA